CGCGGGAGCCAUACCCCAGGCCGGGCUCCCUUGGGUGCCGGAGCCGCCGUUGCCAUGCCCGUGCGCUCUCCUUCCAAAGGGCGCCAGUGGAGGGCGUCCCGUGGGCUCAGCCCCGCCGCCGCCUGCGCUCCGGAGUCUCGGUCCUGGUUAGCGGCGCUGCUGCUCACUCCCGGGCUGUUUCUCCACCUGCUUUGCCGGCCCGGGAGGAGAAGCGAAGCGGCGGUUGCAAAAGUCUGUAGCGUGAGCAGCAAAGUGAUGUGAAGCCACCUGGUGACCAAGAUGACUCUCGUACCAGGCGAAAAUUCGGACUAUGACUACAGCGCCCUGAGCUGUGCUUCGGAAGCCUCCUUCAACCACCCUUUCUUUGCUGAAACGGAAACGCUAAAGGGAGUCUUUUACCAAAGGGCCAAACUCAUCCACCCCUCGGAAGAACUAAACGGAAGCAUUCGCCCGGAAGACCGGAAGCAUCAUAUCAUCAUCAACGUGGGUGGCUUCAAAUACUUGCUCCCGUGGACCACUCUGGAUGAGUUCCCCAUGACCCGCUUGGGGCAGCUGAAGUUCUGCAACAACUUUGACGACAUCCUCAACAUUUGCGACGAUUACGACGUGACCUGCAACGAGUUCUUUUUCGACCGUAACCCCGGGGCGUUUAGGACCAUCUUGACUUUCCUUCGGGCAGGGAAGCUCCGGCUCCUGAGAGAGAUGUGCGUGCUUUCGUUUCAAGAGGAGCUGCUGUACUGGGGCAUCGAGGAAGACAACCUGGAGUGGUGCUGCAAGAGGAGGUACCUGCAGAAAAUGGAGGAGAUUGCGGAAAUGAACGAAGCGGAGGACGAGUUCGCGGACAGCGAAAACCAGUGCGAAGCUGUGGCGGAGACAAAAGCCGGGCGUUGCAUGAAAAGAUUGCAAGACAUGGUGGAGAGGCCUCAGUCUGGGAUUCCUGGGAAGGUCUUUGCCUGUUUAUCGGUGCUGUUUGUGACUAUCACUGCCGUCAACCUUUCUAUCAGCACCAUGCCUGGCUUAAGAGAGGAAGAGGAGAGAGGUGAAUGUUCUCAGAUGUGCUACAAUAUUUUCGUAGUGGAAUCCGUCUGCGUGGGGUGGUUUUCCUUGGAGUUCCUCUUGAGGCUCAUCCAGGCGCCCAGCAAGUUUGUGUUCCUGAGGAACCCCUUGACCCUGAUUGACAUCAUCGCCAUCCUCCCCUACUACAUCACCUUACUGCUGGACAGCACUUCGCUGGGCAGCAACAGGAAGCCGACCUCCGGCAACAUCUACCUGGACAAGGUGGGCCUGGUCCUCCGCAUCCUGCGUGCCUUGAGGAUUCUGUACGUCAUGCGGCUGGCCAGGCACUCCCUGGGCCUGCAGACUCUGGGGCUGACGGCCCGCAGGUGCACCCGCGAGUUCGGGCUCUUGCUGCUGUUCCUCUGCGUGGCCAUCGCGCUUUUCGCGCCCCUCUUGUACGUGAUCGAGAACGAGAUGGCGGGCUCUCAGGAGUUCACCAGCAUCCCUGCCAGCUACUGGUGGGCCGUGAUCACCAUGACAACAGUGGGAUACGGCGACAUGGUACCCAGGAGCACCCCAGGCCAGGUGGUGGCCCUGAGCAGCAUUCUGAGCGGCAUCCUGCUCAUGGCCUUUCCCGUCACGUCCAUCUUCCACACAUUCUCGCGCUCGUACAUCGAGCUGAAGCAGGAGCAGGAGAGGAUCAUGUACAGGAGGGCGCAGUUCCUAAUGAAAACAAAGUCCCAGUUAGGCAACGCAUCACAGGGGAGCGGCAUGUUUCCGAGCCUCUCUUCAGAGACCAGGAAUGACGGCUGAAACGGAAGUUUCCACGUCUGCCCUGUUGCCGAGCAAACGGUGACAGGAUUUCUUUCUCUCUCUCUUUUUAAUCUCGGCAUUUGCUUCUGGAGGCGUUGGGGAGAGAUGGCAUUGUACAAAUAAACACGCAAAGGGCUUUUAGCCAUUAUGACCGUGGGGACUUGGUUCAUCAUUAUGUCGUAUUAGCAUUGCUGUUAGGGGGCAGGGGGGAUAAGAUUGUUGCUUUCCAGUAGGCUGCACAAUUGGGGAUCAUGAAAUGGAGAUUUGUUUAUUUUUUAAAGUAAAAACAACAUGCAUCGUUAACCAAAAGGAGAACAGUAUAAAAUUACACACUGGGCACAGCUGUUGCCAUUUGUAACGUAAAGAGGCAGGCCGUUUUCCAAGAGAGAACUGACUGAAUGUCAACAUUUUGAUCUUUCGGUUAAUUUCACCUUUCGUUGUUUAUUUUUACCAAACCUUGUGAACUAUACCAUCUCGCAGAGCCAGAUUAAUCCUUGGAUGUAUAACCCCAUUGUUUGUACUGGAGUUAGGAAGUUUGUGGGUCACAUUUGAAGCAGAUUUAGGAAUGUUUUGUUUUCUUGCUACUUCCCCCCCCUCCCCCUCAGUUCCUCUUCCACUCGCUAACCUCCCAGGCUUCAAAUACAGGACCCAUCAAGCAGUUUUGGAUUAUAUUCUGAAGAUAAGCAAAUAGCAGCGUUUUUCAGCUAUAAUUUAAAUUGCAGCAGCGAUCUGCUUGUUUCGAAGGCCACUUCUCAAUCAGGGAAUUUCAACCCAUGGACCUACAAUUCUCAUUGACUCCAGCAACAUAGCUGCCAAGUCUCCCGCUGAAAAAUGCGGGAUCAGCAGCGGCGCGGCACCAGAAGUCACUUCUACGCAUGUCUGGACAUGCGUAGAAGCAACUUCCGGUGCCGCUCUGCCCGAUUUCCGGUGCCCAGGCAUGGGCAGAAUGGCACCUGAAAUGGAGCCUCCCUGGCAGGUAGGAAAUGAUUUCUGGGAUUUUUUUCUAUUCGGGAUAACAGGGGGAAACGGAUUAAAAUCCGGUGGUUUCCCACGAAAAACAGGAGACUUGGCAGCUAUGUCCAGCAAGCAUGGCCAGUGGGGGGGGGGUGAUGGGAGUUGUAGUCUUACAACGUCUGGAGGACUACCAGUUCUCCAUCCUACCUUCAAUGAAGCACCCACUUACUGCUGAGUCAAGUAGCAUUUCCUGAUAGGCGAUCAGGCACAGCCCCAGUGUUGCUGGACGUGAUUUCUCAUUUCUGCAAGAUGGCUCAUUAUGUAAAGUGUCUCACAUCCAGUUCCAUCAUGUAUCCAACAGGAGCUCACAGCUUGCUUUUAGCACCGUUUCCCUUCAGACUGGUUAGGCAUAGAAAGGAGACUUUGAAGGGGGGGGGGGAAGCUUUAUAACUCCCCUCCUGAGUUCUCGUGUCUGAACACUUAUGAGAAAACAUACGGCAGUCGUCCUCUUGUCUCCAGGAUACUGAUAGUGCUAGAUUGACCUGAUACAGCUGUCCUUCUAUUCCACACCCUCUAACAUUAGUAACAGCAAAGCUAGAUAACAGAAAAUCCAAACAAUAUGCACCUUGAUGCCACACCAGUCGUUGUCUCACGGUUGUCUUCUUUUGCACCGGAUAGAAGGAAAUAAAACUCGCUAUGUCUUAUCUAGCUCCAUUGCCAAAAUUACUAGUGUGAGAGCUGCAAUAACUUGUGGGCAUAUGGCUCCUUUCAAAGGGCAAAGGAAAAUAUCGGAAGCAGUUGCUGGGUAUGUAGAAAAGAGGAUAUUAUAUAGAUGAGUCAUUGGAAACUUAGCAAGUCUCCCAUGAGUGAAACCUGAAAGGCGUAAAGCCUUUUGUUAAUUGCCUUGUCUUUCCUUAGUGUGGUAAGUGCACCAUAGCAAUUGGAUGAAAUAUUUUCAGAACACACACACACACACAAAAAUCAACCAAGGGUCUGAUACAAAUUGGGUUUCUUUUUCAAGAAUCUGGGCAUUUUUGCCUGCCUGGAUUGCACCACACGCUUGGCGAACCCGUUGCGUCACUUGGCCACAGUCACAAAAUAAUGGCUGCGUUUCCGCUGAGGAAAUUCACAGCUUUACCACAUGAGCCCCUGCAAUUCAGGCUUGCAGUAAACUGCUCAGACUCAAGUAACACGGCCAGUGUACUAUGUCCAGUUUUGUCAACCCUGUUGGACAGCAAUGACUGCCUGGGAUUGAGAAGCAAAGAUUACCCAAACAAUUUUACAAUUGUGUACUGGUUCCUUUGGUAUAUUGAAAUGGUUGGUCUGCUACACACCCUAUAAUCAGUGGUUAUCAACCUGUUCCCUGGAAGUUUUCCAGCAGUGGCCCAAUGAGAAGGAAGGCAAGCAAGCUUCCCAGAAAUAAAGGCCCUCUGCAAUAUGCAGUUUCAGGGGAGCAUAUUCUAUUUGUAUAGGGCGAUGGGGAGGACCAAGAGGCAUGACCAUAGCUUUGCAUUAACAAAAUAGGCUCCCCAAUCCUUUGCAACAUAAGAGGUUCCAUGGCAAAUAUGCAGAGGAGUCUCAUCCUGAAUGUUUGGUGUUUGAAUAUCACUGCGCUAUGAACCCCUGGAUCUCGUCCAACCAUUUCUAAGCGGUUCUACUUCUUAACUGCUCUUUAAUUGCAAAGAUCUAGUUUAUUGACCUAGACUAUAAUAUUAAGAACCCACCUGAUUUCCAGCUAACUAGACAUAGCUAUUCAUUUGUAUUGGCUUAUCACUUCUUUG